GGGCCUUAGCCCAUCAUUCCUCCAUCACAGGCUGGUGAUCCUCCCAACCACGCCGCCCCCUCCCACCUAGCCUAGGGUUCCACCAGAGAGCAAAAGGGCAUCGGGGGUCAGUUAUGCGCCGCCGCCUGCCGUGCGCCCAUCUUCCCCCUCCCGCCGCCGCAAUUGCCGUCGGAUGCCGCGAAUGAGGAUCCAGUGCCGCAACUCGUGAGCCUUCAGCUGUCAAAUUCACGGUGACCUAAUCUUCUCGGGCGUCGCCGGAUCUUCGUGGCAGCCAUGGCGAAGGGCAAGAAAGUUGAUAGGCUCAGCGCACUGCCUGAUGACGUUCUGGUCAACAUUCUUGACCGACUCAAUGUCCGUGAGGCUGCAAGAACCAGCAUCCUCUCGAGACGGUGGACUCAGCUCUGCGCCAAGCUGUCUCGGCUUAUAAUAAGCACUCUGGAUUUCCUGCCAAAGGGUGUGUUGUGCACCGACAUCUCUGAUGAUGAAUUGUUCCGCAUCAAUGCAGCUGUGGUUCAAGCGACAGAUAGCAUAUUGACACGCAGAAAUCCUGGAGAGCACACGAUCCGCCUUCUGUCCACAAGGUUCUACUUGAGAGAUGAUGUCCCCAUAUCCAUUGGGCGUGCUGUUGGUCAUGCCAUGGCGGCACACUUGGUUGACAAUGCCAAAUUCAGUGUUAUGACAGGGAAGUAUGAGAUCAGUGACAUGGCUGAGGAUGAUCUGAUCACCUCUGCGAGAAAUUUCAUGUUGUUCUUUGAUGCCUGUCCAAGUGCAUUUGGUGGUCUCACUACCCUUGACCUAGAGAAUUUGAGAUUUGGGGAAUCAGACAUAUCCAACGUCCUCAUCACUUGCAAGCGCUUGAAGCAUCUCCGUUUGUACAAUUGUGACUCUGGUGAUUGCAGCACGCUGCAAGUUGAGCACGCUCAUCUCAGUGAGCUUAGUAUCGUCCACUGUAUGCUUGAACGAGUUGAGCUGAAGUGGCUCCCUCAACUCACAACGAUGGUCUUUGAAGGUUGGCUACAAUUCCAAGAUCCACUGUUCAUUGGGCAUGUCCCAUUGCUGGAGGUUGUAAGCCUCACAAAUCUUGCCCUUAGUUACCACAAGAUGGUGUUGUUAAGUGAGUUUCUUAGCGGUACCUCUAUACGAGAUCUGAAGUUGGCAUUUAAUUCUGAAAAGAUUUGGGUGCAGCCAGAAUUUCCGACGCCAUGUCUGUCAUCUGUUUUCCGCCAACUAAGGUUUGUUAAUCUGCUUCAUCUUCCUGAAGGGUAUGAUCUCACCUGGACAAUGUAUAUUCUUGAAGCUGCCCCCUUACUGAAGGAGCUAUACAUGACGGUAUGGGAUCAUGCCUGUAAUAUGGAAAUGGACGAGGAGAAGAGGAAAGAAGAAUCGUAUAGUGAGAACCGGGGUGUAGAGUGGGACUUGGUGGCAGCAGAUUUCCAACACCACAGUUUGGCCACACUCGUCAUUUUUGGCUUUGAAUCUGAAGAUUGCUUCGUGAAUUAUGUGAGACGUGUUCUGGUGGCGGCGGUCAAUCUAGAGGACGUGUUCCUGUAUAGUAGGUUGGAGUGUGGCAGCUGCAAGGAGAAGAAGCUUGGCAGGUACCCCUGGACUAAAAGGCAGAGGAUCUCCAUGAAGAAGAGACUCACCAUUGGGAUUGAGUCGUUUGCGAUAUUUCACUAUGGUGAGAUGAGGCCUGGUCAUGUAGCAAAAAUGGAGUACCCAGAGUGCUCACUGCUCGAGGAAAAAGAGGCAAAAAGGUGUUGAUUUUACAGCAUGCAGGUAUGGGAUCAUGUGUGUAAUAUGGAAAUGGACAAGGAGAAGAGGAAAGAAGAAUCAUAUAGUGAGAACAAGGGUGUAGAGUGGGACUUGGUCGCAGCAGGUUUCCAACACUUGUCAUUUUUGGCUUUGAAUCUGAAGAUUGCUUUGUGAGUUAUGUGAGGCGUGUUCUGGUGGCGGCUGUCAAUCUAGAGGAUGUCUUCCUGUAUAGCGGGUUGAAGUGUCGCAGUUGCAAGGAGAAGAAGCUUGUCAGGUACCCCUGGACUGAAUGGCAGAGGAUUUCCCUGAGUGAGACUCAACGCUGGGAUCGAGUCGGGUGCCAUAUUGCACUAUGGUGAGAUGAGGCCUGGUCAUCUAGCAAAAAUGGAGUACCCAGAGUGCUCAAUGCUCAAGGCAAAAAAGGGUUUUGCGUGAGGCUAAAAGGUGUUGAUUUUACAGUAGUCAAGUGUUGUUAUCUUUGGUUGAGAGCUUGUUUCAGUGUUUUUUGUACCUCUAAAUUGGUACAUAUGGAGGACAGAAUCGGUGCAUGUGACUUGUUGCAAUGUUAGCAAAACAAUGGUCUUGUUGCUAUGUUGGUUAUGGUCUAUGAUUAACCAGAAAAUUGAUGUUA